AUGCGACGAUGUUUCCUGGCGACUAGGAGUACCAAUGGCUUCUGCCGCUCCUGGUGGCAGUCAAGCAUCAUCGCUGCUGAUGCCUUCAAUGGCUUUCAGCGACAACGACUGAGCACUACUGCUCGCCUCUUCGCCGCUCCGACGCCCUCUGCCAUCGAGGAGCGCAUCUCAAAGAUACCCAUCGAACGUUUCCGCAAUUUCUGCAUUGUCGCACAUGUUGAUCAUGGCAAGAGCACGCUCAGUGACCGCCUGCUGGAGUUGACGGGCACCAUCCAACCGGGAGGGAACAAGCAGAUCUUGGACAAGCUCGAUGUGGAGAGAGAAAGAGGCAUUACCGUCAAGGCGCAGACGUGUUCGAUGCUGUACAACCACAAUGGAGAAGACUACCUGCUGCAUCUUGUUGAUACGCCUGGACACGUGGACUUCAGAGCCGAAGUGAGCAGAAGUUAUGCCAGUUGUGGAGGUGCUCUACUUCUCGUUGAUGCUUCACAAGGAGUACAGGCACAGACGGUGUCCAACUUCUAUUUGGCAUUCGCACAAGACCUGUCACUAAUCCCCGUCCUGAAUAAGGUAGAUCUGCCUUCCGCCGAUACUGAAAGAACGAUUACUCAGCUCAAGGACACUUUUGAGCUCGAUGCCUCCAACGCUGUUAUGGUGUCUGCAAAGACUGGUCUCAAUGUCGAAAAGCUGCUUCCAACAAUUGUGCGCGACAUUCCUGCGCCGGUUGGAGAUGAAAAUGGGCCAUUGAAGCUUCUGCUUGUGGAUAGCUGGUAUGACAACUAUCGUGGUGUCAUUCUGCUGGUGCGCAUCUUUGAGGGCAAGGUCAAAGCAGGUGAUCGACUUUGUUCCUUCGCGACGGAACUGGAAUACAUUGUCGGCGAGGUUGGUAUCAUGUAUCCACUCGAGACUCCUCAGAAAGUGCUUCGCGCGGGUCAAGUUGGAUACAUCUACAUGAAUCCAGGCAUGAAGAGACAGAAGGAAGCAAAGAUCGGAGAUACAUAUACUACAGUUGCGAGCAGAAAAUUGGUCGAGCCUCUACCCGGAUUCGAAGAGCCAAAGCCAAUGGUCUUCGUCGCAGCUUUUCCAACGGAUCAGAGCGAUUACGCUCACCUGGAGGACAGCAUCAACCAAGUCACGCUCAACGACCGAUCUGUGACGGUCACAAAAGAGAGUUCAGAAGCACUCGGCGCAGGCUGGCGUCUCGGCUUUCUGGGCACACUUCACUGCUCGGUCUUCGAAGAUCGUCUGCGCCAAGAGCACGGCGCCAAUAUCAUCAUCACGCCGCCCUCCGUGCCUUUCAAGGUCGUUCGCAGAGACGGUCGCGAAGAGGUGAUCUCGAAUCCCAACCAUUUCCCAGAAGGCCCAGAAGUGUACCAGAAUGUAGCAUCGCUCGAGGAGCCUUACGUUGAGGCCACCAUUACCUUGCCAGAGGAGUAUCUCGGCAAAGUGAUCGAGCUUUGCGAAGGCAAUCGUGGGGUCCAGCAAAACCUGUCGUUCUUCACUGCAACGCAAGUCAUUCUCAAAUACCUCCUUCCUCUCGAGCGGCUUGUCGAUGAUUUCUUCGGCAAACUCAAAUCGACGACCAAAGGCUAUGCAUCUCUUGACUAUGAAGACGCUGGCUACCGAAAAGCCAAUAUCCUCAAGCUGCAAUUGCACGUCAACAAAGUCCCCGUUGACGCCGUUGCUCGCAUAGUGCACUACAGCGAGGCAGAACGCAUCGGGAAAGCAUGGGUCACAAAGUUCAAAGAGCAUGUUGAUCGACAGAUGUUCGAGGUCGUCAUUCAGGCCGUCGCUGGAAAGAAAGUCGUGGCGAGAGAAACUUUGAAGCCAUUCAGGAAAGAUGUCCUGCAAAAGCUACAUGCGGCCGAUGUGUCCAGAAGAAGAAAGCUGUUGGAAAAGCAGAAAGAGGGGAGGAAGAAGCUCAGGGCUGUGGGCAAUGUGGCGAUCGACAAUAAGGCCUUUCAAGCAUUCCUGGCUAAGUGA